AUGCCUGAAAUGUACUUUGCACGAGAAUAACAUUUGGAAACAAAAUGGACGCGUUUUUUGUUUUCUGCGUUGUGAUUCUGAGUGCGGUAACAGUUAACUGCAAUACCGGAACAGGAAAAGUAUGCAAGGAUGCGAUCUACGGUGCAUGUAGUCCAACAACGCGCAGAUUUGCUUGUUAUAUGGAGCUAAGGGGAACCAUGUUAAACUGCAAUCGAACAUGCGGAUUUUGUUACGCAAAGUGUGACAAAAUCAAACCAUGGGAACGACGCGAUUGUGGUUAUUAUGGCAUCACUCAACGCGAGUGUUUUCGAAAAGGAUGUUGCUGGUCGCCAUUGGGAACGAAUUCAAAACAGCCGUGGUGUUUUCAUUCAAGAGGAACAUACUGGCGACCAUAUGGACCAAGUAAUGGAAAAUGCGAGGACACAUUUGGUUAUUGCUCUAAAUACAUUGAAAAAUAUGGUUGUGAUGAUUGGUUCAUGAAAUUCGAGUGCGCAAAAUCAUGCAACUUUUGCAAAGUUGAUAAGAAAGGCGAAAGAUAAUCCGAAUUUGUAAUGAUAUUAAAAAUACAAAUAUGAAUCAAAAUGAAAAAUGAAUACUUCCUAUACUUACGUUAUCUUUCCUUUAACGAUUUCGAACGUACAAAUUUCCGUUUGCGAAGAAUAGUCCGUUAGUGCACGAAAUUUAGUACCUCAAAUACACGCAAAUAUGAUAGUCUACAUAGAAGAAUCGCAUCUACAUUUUGGUAUAAUCCACAAUUUUACUUUAUUUUUUGUUAUUUGUGAAGGAAUAGAUAACAGGACAAAAUCAGUAGUCUUUUGUUAUUUAAUAAAAAAAGAAAUCUUUGGAAGGCGGUUGAAAAAAAUUAGUAAUUUGAAUACAGCGAGAAAAUCGUUACAGCGUGACGAACGAUUUAUAUAGUCGUGUAUGAAGACUUGCUAAACGUGACAAUUACGAUGCAAUUAUUGAACAAUUAAUCAAUUAGUGUGUUUUGCAGGAAACAGCUUCGAAACAAAAUUUGAUCAAUAAUUUAACAGAUGUAUAGGGGAAAUAAAACAAGAGCCGCAUCGCAGCACAACACCGCACAAUACUGCACCGCACCACAUGACGUUUCGUAGGCUAUGUCGGUGCAUACACAACGUACACAUUCAGAGCACAGGACCCACAUCGAUAACACAAUACUGAUCCUCUAUACCUUAUCGGUUAAAAUUUCGUCGGUCAAAAUUUUUCGUCGGUUUUAAAAUUUCGCCGGUGACCUUUUCACUGUCGUAAUUUUAACCGAUAGGGUAUAUACCCGGAAUAAAAAUAAUAAUAAUACUACAAGCACAGUUUCUGAUAACUAUCGGAAUGAUAUCAAACUUUUUUAGUUCCAAAGACAUCACCAGUUAUAUUAAAAUAUGUACAACCUUUUUAAAUAAGAUUUGACUAAAAGUAAAAUCGAUUGUUUAAAAUGUUACUAUAUCAACUAUAGGCUUACUUACAAUUUUAAGUAAGUGUAAUAAAUAUUUCUUAUAAAACAAAAAUGUAUAAAAUUCCAAAUAUGUUGUUGAGUAUACGAAGAAAUUAAACAAUAAUAAGGUUUAAUACAAUAAUUAUAAGAAGUGGUUAAAAAUAUAUUAUCUAUAUUAUAAUGCCCGUAUACGUCCGUCCGUCUGUCCGUCUGUCACGCAAAAUAGUAGCUUAGCUGCGACGGAUGGAAGAGAGUCAAGUUGUCUUUCAAACUAAAACAGUUUGUGCUUAUCUUAAAUAAUAAUAAAAAUAAUAAUCAUAUCAUGUUAUACUUGUC